GAUGUUAGUUGCUAGUUACCCCCACGCGUUCUCAUAUUCUCACAGUAUGUAUAUGUUUACAUAUUCUCAAAUCAUUCCCUCACACACUCUCUGCAUUCCUCAUGAAUUUCUUCGCAUCCGUUUUCUCCGACGAUCCAGGCCCUUCCGACAAUGACCCCUCCGGCGCCGCCCAAAUCAGAAUCCACAGUCUCUGGAAAACCCUAAGCGCCAAAUCCGAAUCCAUCAUCGAGACCUACCGCCGCGACCUCCAGGAAUUCGGCACCGGCCUCAAGAAGGAGAUAGAGGUUGCUCACGGUUCCCUCGAGACGGUGGGCAACGCCAUUGACCACUUCGGGAACACCGUCGUCAAGGGAACCGCUCAGAUCAUGUCUCACGGCAAGGACGCCAUCCUCCAUUCCGACGACGACAAAAAAAUUAACAACAGCACCGGAAAGGGUUUCAAUUCGAAACGGUAUAGUAGGUUUGACGCUCAGGUUCGUGCCAUUCAGGGUGACGUUAGCACUUACUCCGAAGUGCCCCAGGAUUUGGACGAGUUUAAUAACUGGAAGUCGGGGUUUUCGCUGGAAGGGAAGUGGGACGAAAUGGAAGGGUUUCUGAGAGAGAAUGAGGCUAUGGAGAGUGUUUAUAAAAGGUUUGUUCCUAGUGUUGUUGACCGUGACAUGUUUUGGUUUAGGUAUUAUUAUAGGGUUUAUAAGUUUAAGAAAGCUGAGGAUGUCAGGGCGAGGCUCGUGAGGAAGAUGUCCAGGGAAGAGGAGAAUUUGAGUUGGGAUCUUGAUGAUGAUGAUGAUGAUGAUGAUGAUGGAGAUGUGGGUGGUGAUGGAACAAAGAGGUCGAAUGUGGAAGAGGUGCAAAGCAAGGGACUCGGUAACAAGAAGGAUGAGUGUGUUGAAGAAUCAAAAGUUGACAAGAGUGAAGAGGCUGUUGAGAAUAAGGGUGAUGGGAGCAAGAAAAGUAGUAUUCAUGAAGUGGAUAACACUGGGAAUAGAAAUGAUUCUAUUUCCGGUGUGGAUUCUGAUGAGAAGCUGGUAAUGAAAAGGAAGGUUGAUGAUGGAAAAGCUCCACCGGUUGCAAGUCAGCACUUGGGGAAUGAGAAUGAGAAGGAGGAGGAGGAGGACUUUGAAUGGGAUGAGAUUGAGAAUUUUAGUAGAAUUGACGGUGAAGGGAAGGGGGCUAGGACGGGUAGCCCAAGCAAAGUUGAUUUGCGAAAGCGCCUCAGUGUUCCACAAGAACAAGAAGAUGAAGACUUGAGUUGGGACAUUGAAGAUAAUGAUGAGCCUGCUAAGGCAUGAGAUAUUGGGCUGCAAUUUCGUGGGAAUUAUACAUGUAAGUGUGGUUUUAAUAUUAGAAACUAGCAUUCUCUUUUUGUUUUCAUAAUUUUAUAAAUUUCUUAGGAGUGUCACUAUUCCACAUUUUUAAAUCUAUGAAAAGCAACUACUUUUAUUGAUAUACCCCUUUUUAAUUUUAUUAAAUGUUUUUUGUUUUGGAUACACCUCAAAAUAUGGUGACUGCAAACAGACACUUGGGUGAUAUCGUCUUCCUUACUGUUUCUUUUAUUUGAUAACUUAUGAACCAGUGAUAAUUAUGGGUGGUCACUGGCAUGAAAAUCUGUCCAUUUUGUAAGUAAUUGGAUAUAGCUCCUUCACGUGGUGAA